AUGCCGACAUGUAAGUACGACGGCAAGACAGAUCCGGAGGAUCACAUAUCGGCCUAUGAAGGGCAUAUGCUGCUGUACACUGAUACCGACUCGGUAUGGUGUAAGGUGUUCCCUUCCACUCUAACGGGGCUAGGACAAACAUGGUUCAAGAGAGGUGGCGGUCUUAGCCCUCAUGACGGGAUUGAGAGAAGGGACUCCUUUUCGAAGUUACCUUGGCCGAAAGAAAAUGACGUGCCUAACGGAUGUCUUAGGAAAGGCAAUGACUUCAUUAGAGGAGAGGAAUUUGGAAAAGCGGCCAAAACUAAAAGGCCGACAUCAGUACAGAAGGAUAAAGAAAAGGAUAAAGAUAAGGAGCGCCGGGACGACAAGUACCGGAAGGAUAGAAAGUCCGAUACCACUGGCAGAAAAGAAGGGAACAAUUCUGUGAAAAAAGGAUUUGAAGGCCAACCGGACAAAUAUCAUAACUAUACACCACUAACGAUAUCUCGAGCUCGAAUAUUUAAAUUACACAGUAAAGAUGAUAAGUGGCAAAGACCCAGAAAAAUGUAUUACAAGGGCCGGGAUAAGUCUAAAUGGUGUGAAUUCCAUGAUGAUUACGGACAUAAAACGGACGACUGCAAGGACCUUAAGGACGGGAUCGAAGACCUCAUCAGGAGAGGUUAUUUUACCCAGUACCAAGCAAGGGUCGAUCGCAAAACUCCCCCCAGGGAGGACGAGAAUACUAGCAGGAGGCCGGUAAAAGACAGGAUCACUGAGAUCCACGUCAUAAGCGGAGGCCCGACAAGAGGCGGCAACAUCCAUGGAGCAAAGGCUAGUCUGAAAGAAGUUCACCACCAGGUGAACUAUAACAAUACCAGGAAAUGGCCGGCACCUCCAACAAUGCCGUCCGUAGCUUUCACAUCAGAGGACGCUAAAGGGAUCAUCUACCCCCAUGAUGACCCUUUAGUAGUAUCUCUGCAGAUAUCCAACGCAAUGGUUCAUCGCGUACUGGUGGAUGGAGGAAGCUCUGCUAACAUCCUGUACAAGGAGACGUUUGAGAAAAUGGGCUUCGAUAAAGCAUGCUUGAAGCUGGUCUCCUACCCGGUUAUCGGUUUCACAGGAGCAUCUGUCGUCCCAGAGGGAACUGUAAAGUUGGCAGUAAAGUUGGGAGAAGGGUCCGUUCCAAGGACCUCAUGGUGGAAUUUCUCGUUGUUGACGUCCCAACAGCGUACAAUGCCAUUAUCGGAAGACCCCUGA